AUGCGACCGCCACGCCUGCUCAUCGUCCUCUUCUGCCUUAUCUUCUUUCCCAUUCUCCUCACCUUCUUUUCCGCGCUUACAUCGCCCGAUGUAGCGACUCCUAAUACUCUCGCCGGUCAGACAACUGGGCUGCGCGCCAUAUUUUCUUUCAACAUACCAUCGUCCCUUUUCCCUCCGUCGGCCAUGAUCAGUCUCACUGAUGACAACUCGACCUUCUUCCUCGCCCGGCCAGCGGCAUUUGGCCCGCUGCUGCCAACCAAAGGCCUCAGUGGUCAGUUAUGGGUGGGAAGUGGCUUUGGUGAGGGAGGAUUAACUGGUGGCGUGGAAGGGGAACUGGGCUGCUCCGAUAUUCCCGGCUGGGGUGAGGGCACCAAUCAUAAGAAGCAAGACAAAGCCUCUAGGGGCGUGGAGCAGAGUUCCGGGAUAUCCGGAGAUAGUACAGUGAAUGAUCAAUCAUCAAACCGCCCGCGGUCGGUAUCGCAGGCCGAUACUACACCUCAGAACGACAGAGAUGAUCCAACCAACCCGCACUUGACGAACGAUGGCACCGACGAUCAUCUACAUCAUCCACUCCCUGAAUCCGGUGCUUCUAACCCCAGGAUGAGUCAGAAGUAUGGAGAUUACGUCCAAAACAAGCCGCCCGCGCAUGCCGACAUCCAAUCGCUACAAGAGACUGCCGAAAUCCAGGGUAAAGUAGUGCUAUUGAGUCGGGGUGGUUGUGGGUUUUUGGAGAAGGCCAAGUGGGCGCAACGACGAGGAGGGGUUGCUUUGAUUGUUGGCGACGAUACUCGAGGUGGCAACUUGGUCACUAUGUACGCACGAGGCGAUACGUCGAACGUCACGAUCCCGGCAUUGUUCACGUCCCACACUACUGCUCACCUUCUAUCGUCAUUGGUUCCUGGACAUGGCGGUGCAAGUGCCAGUUUGGGGGAUGUGUUGAAAUCAUCGCCAGCGAAGUUGGCAGGACAGGCUGACGCCGACAAAGAACGGGUGGCAACUACUACAGCAAUGACAACUAUUCCAAGUCCAACUGCUAGCAGCCAUUCGACAGCCAAACCUGUGUCCUCAUCUCAGUCGAAAGGCGGUUUUUUCCGAUCAAUUGGUGCAUUCUUCGGAUUGUGCGAUAAGAACGGAGGUCCGCGGCAUCUGGAAGACAGCCGACGUCCGCCCAGCAGCGGCAACAUUGACUGGAUCAACCUAGGCUCACGGGAUGAAAAAGAAGCCCCGUCGAGCGCUUGGAGAAAAUCAACUGAUCUCAAUCAUCGUGGUCGAGCCAAGGUAGACGACGCAUUCGACAGCCACAAGGCCGACAUGUCCCCUGAAAGUUUUGAGGAUGAUGACUUUGUCAUAGGGGUUCAGGACUGGAGAGAUCCCGACUUGAUGCCUCCUAAGAGUAGCACGCCCCUGACAGCUAGCACCUCUGUGACUGGCAAGGAUACCUCCAAGACUGCCAGCGCGGAUAAAGAUGCCGCCUCCUCGCCCAAUGGUCUUCAGGGUGGUAGCAUCACACCAGGAAGUGGAGAAUACCAGAGCAUCGACAAAUCAAGUGCUGGUUCUCAUGACACGCGCCUCAAGGGAUCUGAGAAGGAAUCUAUCGGAGCUCAUGGGAAGUCUGGAUCUUCUACGAAGGGCUGGUUCUCGAGUCACUUUGGAUGGGGAGAUGAUACUCAGCAAGACCCUCAGCCUUCUUCGUCGCCCUCCCUUCAAAAAAGCAUUGCAAUAAACCAGCAGAUGAAAAAUAGCCCUCUCGCAUCGAGCCGCCUAAGCGCGGAAUCUCCCGAGCACGAAGGUCUUUGGGUUACCAUGACACCUACCAGCAUGUCCACCAGCCCCUUUUUCGAUACUCUAUUGGUCCUCGUCGUCAGUCCUUUGCUCACGCUGACGGUGGUUUAUGCCCUUUUGCUGAUCCGAUCUCGAAUCCGCCGACGUCGCUGGCGUGCCCCGAAGUCGGUUAUCGAACGACUUCCUGUCCGAACAUACCACACAAUUACUACCACUUCUACCUCGUCUUCCAACUCAACGCGUCCCCCCAGUCCCGGCCCUCUCUCCCCGACUUCCCCACUCCUUGACAAUGAAAGCCGGCCAAGCGCAUCCCGAUCAAAUAGAUCACGUUCACAAACAUUCUCAGGCACCAUGCUACACUCAUCUGUCGCUCCCAAGGAAGAAACAUGCAACAUGCAAAACGGAUCUACCUUGUGGCGACGCAAGUACACAGGAAGGCAGGUGGAGUGCGUCGUAUGUCUUGAGGAAUAUAUCGAUGGUCAGAGCCGGGUCAUGAGCUUGCCAUGUGGUCAUGAAUUCCAUGUGGAAUGCAUUACCCCCUGGUUGACUACUCGUCGACGAACUUGUCCAAUCUGUAAAGGCGAUGUUGUCCGUUCGUUGGCCCAUUGUCAAUCCGAUGAUUCUCUGGGUCAUCGUGAGCAGUCCAGUGAUGACGUUCACAGCGCCCAGCCGAUCUCUCGAGGCAGCGCAUCUUCCGCUCCAGUACUAAUUGAAGGCGUCAAUGGCAAUGCUUCAGAUACGGAACAAAAUGCAGGUCUACUUGGCGACCAUGCAAAUUCUGCCCCACAGUCAAGCUGGCGAAACCUGGCUACCCUUAGCUUUUCUGCUUUGAGUGGCGAUACCAUAUGGCACCAGGCUCGCGCGGACCGUAAUCGCUAA